CGCGGUUCGUGUUCCGUGUUUAGUUCGGGUACCGCUCACGUUCAUGUUUGGUGGUGUUUGCGCACAGUGGCCAUUCGAAACUUGGGAACUCAACACAACUUUUUCGUGGUUAUGCGUCGCAAUCUCGCCGGUUUAGCCGCCCGUGUAAAACAGUGGAAAAGCAAUUACAAGUUUGCGCGAUAAGCUCGCAAAAAAAACAGUGCCAGUUUUAGUUGAUACAAAAGCGACAAGUGAGUGGAAAACAGGAACGAUACUAUUCCAAACGGAAUUAUUGAGAGGCUCUAAUCUAACCAAAGUGCAUGUGUGUGUUCUCCCCAACGGAAAACCGAGUGUAUUUAUUAUCUUCUGGAGUCGCUUGUAUUGAAUUUGAUUUCACGUGAACUUUUUUGUUUUCAUCAGGAUACCAGCACAGAGUCCAGGAAUUUUGAAUCAAAACGAGAAAGUUCAAGGAUAGCAAGAUGGCUGGAACUGGAGAAGUUUGGGUGCAGUGGUUCACAUGUUGUCUAACUCAACAAGGACCAGGAGGACGGAAUAAGAGACAAAGGCCACAGCAAAGGCUCAGGAUAGACCGAAGUAUGAUAGGAGCACCCACGAAUUUUCAACACACUGGACAUAUUGGUAGCGGUGAUCUCGACAUGGCAAGUGCCCACCUUAACGCCAUCCAGACACAAAUGCAAGGAAAGGGCGGUUACGAAGCAUCUUUCGGUGUCAAGGCUUGCUGAGAACCGAUUGCUCCUAGGGUGCUUGAGACCGACUUGUGACGAAUUUUGCUAGAAGAGCAUUACCCCGCAUGGAAAUGAUGGGAUCAGCAAUGUUUAUCCAGAAGUUCUAUGGGAAACUUGAAACAAGGAAGUCCCUAUGCAGCCUCGUUGUAAAUACACAGAAAUCGGCUCGCGACGGUUUACACACCUCAUCAACCAACAACAGCGGCGACUAAUAGUCGCAACUAAAAAAAAGGAGAUAAAAAGGGAGCACAGAAGAGUUAAAAAAGCAAGCAUGAAUUAUUCAUGCGUCUCUUUCCUCUGCAAUUAAAAUUAUGGGACUUGUUGAGAAGAUCCAAGGCCUUUCGUCUUAAACCAUUUAUUUAUUCAGGGCAUUGUUUCCUUUUUGUGGCAUUUUAACAAAGAGACAACCUUUUCAAAAGCCACGAAUCUUUCAGAAUUGCUUUCUGAAAAUGGAGGAAGGUUUUGCAAAUGUUUAGAAAUUGUGUCUUGAAUUUUUAAGGAAAGGGACAUGUGAUUAGCAAAAAUGGUUCUUGAUCCCUGAGAAAUGUCACGUAGUAAACAGCUGUUUUUUAGCAUUCCACCUAUAAUAAUAUCCAGCUGCACUCUCGAUUUUCAUCGAGAGAUAGUAAUAAUUACAAGUGCGAGACUGUCCUUUCGAUCUCAAAAUCCCUCUUACACGGGACCACUGAUACGAUCCAACUAAAGAUGCAGUCGAAUUUAAGAAUAAAGUAAACAAAUGUGUCAGCAGAGUAUGUAGUUUUAAUCUCUUGAUUCGAACGCAACUUUAAUCGGUUCUUGAUUUAAUGUGCCUACCAAUCGUCCUACGUGAAUAAACCUGCCUUUGACCGAACGGAUCGGGUUAAUUAAAAUCUCAUCGCUUGCACUCCUCUACCCAAUAUUGUGAUAGCUGCGUUUCUCGCUUUCGCGGUGGUAGUUUCUUAAUCCUAAUCUUGAAAGAAAAACGCUCGGCACAGUCGUGAUAAUUAUAUUUUACUGCGAGGACUGGAUUUGUAGGGAUAUUGGAUGCACGCUCUAGACUAGAAAAUCAAUUAUUAUUUUCUUGACUUGCUUUAGUUUUAUAGAUGCAAUAACUCACUACAAUAUUACACUUUUGAACUGUUUUUCUCUUCUUCGAAAAUGUUGUAUUAAUACUGCCGAAUUACAUAAACUUUAAUAAUUUAUUUUACAAGGGUAUACAUAUUCUAAACUACAUAAUAAAUUCUAAAAUCUAAAAUAAUCUACGAUUCCUGGCGAGAGAGAGAAAGAAAGUAAGUAAUGUCGACCUUUGUUAAGCAAAAAAGUAUGGAUGGACAAUCAAAAUUCAGAUUGUACACUGAUGUAAGAAGCAAUGGGAUAAAUUCUUCUGGUACUGCGACUGGUUAUCUUUCGUUGUAUAUUUAUUUAUUUAUCAGGUGUGCUGCCGCAAGUCGAGAUAGUCGUGUGCUGCCUGUGAAAUGAAUUAUUUAUUAAGUUGCCACUUGUAUAGUUUCGAGUUUAGUUUAAGCGUAAGUUUGCGAGGCUCCCGAGUGAAGAUUUUUGUAUAUACCAAUAUAUCAGCCAAGAGACUGCCGAGAAAAAAGAAGAGUGCACUUGUUUUCCCAUAUCCACGUAAUCGCACAGGAAAUGCAGAGAAGCUUAUUCUGGGUAUUUUCCGUUCUUAGCGAGGAGUAAUAAAAAUAAGACUAAGCUAUUUACGACUUUGUUAGUGAUGCGACACUUGCGCAUUUGUACAUAAUUAAUCGAUAUAUGGUACCAUUAAUGUAUGUGCUUUUCGAUAAGCAGUGUUUUGCACAACUGAAAUUGAUUUGAAAAAGGACAAAAUUGACUUUUAAGUUGCACCGAGGAAAUGUUUGAGUGCAAUAUCUGGAAUGUGCAAGUACAAGUGUUUGAUCGACAAUGAUUUCAAGAGUCAAGACUCCACAAUGUUGAAUUGAAUGAAUGUACAGACUGCAACAAGAUUUUUAGCAAUAGUAUUCAUAUUCUGAUAAAUAUUAAAUUUUUCCUUUGUGAUUUUAUC